AUGGAGGAUGAUAUUAUGGACGACGACUAUGAUCAAUACGAUGACGAUGAAGAUUAUGAUCAUGCAGAUUAUGACAAUGCCUUAACUAAAAUGAGUUCAUCGAGAACAUUAGUUUGGAAAACUACCAGUGAUAUCUAUUAGGUCAUCGAUUAAAAGGUUAGAGAUUAAAUGGAAACAUUGAGUUUAUCAUACGACGAUACUCUCAUCAUUUACAAGUAUUUCUAAUGGAACAAGGAUAAAAUGGACCAAGAAUAUUUUAGCAAGCCCGAAUAAAUUUAAAAAAAUGCAGGUCUUAUCUAUAAUGGCAUGCCAAAAGCAGCUCCUCCUUCUACUAAAAAUUUUAUAUGCCCAGUUUGUUAUGAUACUGUUAGCGAAAUAGAUUAUCUUCCCUGCAAUUAAGCUAUUUGCAAAUCUUGUUGGAGAUAAUACAUUACAGACAAGACACUUGGAAAUUAGCUACACAUGUUCUUCAAAUGCCCCUUUGAAGGUUGCAGUCUUGUAGUUCCUUAGUCAUUUAUUUUUAAGUACCUUAAAGACGAUAAAGAAAAGUAAGAUUACAAGCGUAAUUUAGGGAGAGUUUAUUGCUCAGAAAGUAAAACCAUGAAAUGGUGUCCUGCUCCUGGUUGCGAUUUUGCUGUCGAAAAUACUCAUUUUACUCAUUAAUAUGUCCAGUGUAUCUAGUGUAAUACAUCUUUCUGCUUUAAAUGUGGCAAAGAACAUCACUCGCCGUGCACAUGCGAUAUGGUUCAUGAAUGGGAAUUAAAGAAUUCUUCGGAAAGCGAAAAUUUGAGGUGGAUUUAACUUUACACAAAACUUUGUCCUAAAUGUAGGAAACCAAUUGAAAAGAAUUAAGGAUGUAAUCACAUGACUUGUCGUCCACCGAACGGGUGUGGCUUUGAGUUUUGUUGGUUAUGUUUAGGUGACUGGAAAACGCACGGAGAAGCGACAGGUGGAUUCUACAAAUGCAAUAAGUUUGAAAACAUGGGCCAAGACGAAAAAGAUAAUAAAAAGAAGGAAUUCGAUAAGGAAAAGUCAUUGUUAGAAAAGUAUAUUUUCUAUUUUGAGCGUUUCAAUAACAACUAGAAAGCUGAAAAACAAGCAAAGGAAGAUCAGUUAAAGAUUAGUGCAUUGAUCAAAGAUAUUCAUGAUAAACUUGGAUAAGAUUAAUAAUACUUGCAAUUUUUAAAUGAGGCAAAUAAUUUCUUGAUAGAUGGCAGAAGAUGCCUAAAGUGGACAUAUUGCUUUGGCUUCUAUUUAGACCCUAAAAAGAAGGAUUUGUUUGAAGAUUAGCAAAGUUAUUUAGAAAAAACAAUUGAAUCUUUACACUCCAAAAUAGAAAAAACAGAUUUCAAAAAAAGAUUCUUAGAUGACUUAAAAAUUAAAGAAUUUGAUUAGUAUAAAAUAGACAUAGUUAAUCUCACUUAAGCAGGAAUUAAGUUCAAAAAAGGUAUUCUAGAAUCUUAUGAAUCAGGUACUUUUUGA